CUCAGAAAGCAUCUCAGUCUAUUAUUAUUUUUUUCCAUUAUAGAGCUCCGAGAAACAGACACGACAUAAUCACAGCUAAAAGCUCUGUUUCUUGGUUCCUUAAUUCUUUAAUUCUUUUUUCUUUAAGAUUGUAUUCUUCUUUUACUUUAUAUUCUCUGGUAGAUUAUCUACCGUAGAUAUAUAUCAUCAAGCAGUGUUUAUUUUGUAUCAUCUCUUUCUUUUUGAAUUUAUUUGUAUCUUUCAACUCCGGAGAUCGAGUUCCUGAUCGGUGCUAAAAGGAAGUCCAAGAAGAUGUGGUGGAUGAUGGGUGAAAACGGUGGUCACUACUGUUCUAAAAAGUCAGAUGAUCUAUGCGGCACACAGGAAUCAGAUCGAGGCUUUGGCAUCACCAGACUAUGUUGCAUGUUGCGUGGUGUGGACUUAAAGUCAAUCACAUUCCUCUUAGUAAUCGUCCCAUUAUGUGUCAUCGGUGUAUACAUUCACUUCCUCAAGAUCUCAUACUUCUUGAGACCGUUAUGGGAAUCACCACCAAAACCCUUCCACGACAUUCCUCAUUACCACCACGAGAACGCUUCCAUGGAAUCUCUCUGUAAACUCCACGGCUGGGGUAUUCGCGAAUACCCUCGCCGUGUCUAUGACGCCGUCCUCUUCAGCACCGAAGUCGAGCUUCUCACCAUACGGUGGCAAGAACUCUACCCUUACGUUACUCAGUUCGUUCUCCUCGAGUCUAACUCCACCUUCACCGGUUUACCAAAACCGCUUGUUUUCGCUAGCCACAGGGCUGAUGAGUUCAAGUUCGUCGAGCCGAGGUUGACUUACGGGUCGAUAGGAGGAAGGUUCAAGAAAGGAGAGAAGAAUCCUUUCUACGAAGAGGCUUAUCAGAGGGUAGCGUUGGAUCAGCUUCUAAGACUCGCGGGUAUCACAGAUGAUGACUUGCUGAUCAUGUCUGAUGUCGAUGAGAUCCCGAGCAGACAUACUAUAAACCUUCUCCGUUGGUGCGAUGACACACCGCAGAUCCUACACUUAAGACUUAAGAACUAUCUCUACUCUUUCGAGUUCCCGGUGGACAACAAGAGCUGGAGAGCGUCGGUUCAUAGAUACAAGACCGGUAAAACAAAGUACGCCCAUUACAGGCAGUCAGAUGAGAUCUUGGCGGACUCAGGAUGGCAUUGUAGCUUUUGUUUCAGACGGAUCAGUGAGUUUGUGUUCAAAAUGAAGGCUUAUAGUCACUACGAUAGAGUGAGGUUUGGGCAUUACUUGAACCCUAAUAGGGUUCAGAGAGUUAUAUGCAAUGGAGAUGAUCUGUUCGACAUGAUUCCGGAGGAGUACACGUUUAAAGAUAUCAUCGGGAAGAUGGGUCCGAUUCCACAUUCUUACUCGGCGGUUCAUCUUCCUGCUUACCUCUUGGAGAAUGCGGAGAGGUAUAAGUUUCUACUUCCGGGGAAUUGCUUGAGAGACAAGGAAUGAAUGGUUCUUGAAACUAAAAUAUUGAUAUCACACUACUUACUAACUCAUGAUUAUUGAUAUUCUUUGUGUGAAUUAUUCUUUUUUAGAAUGGCCAUUGUUAUUGGUGCUUUGGUGUAAAUAAGCAACUGAUUUAUGAGUUUAAUUCUUUUUGUCGAUUUGUUUAACAAAAAGUGUGUCAUUUGGCAAAACUUGAAGAUGGUGUGUGGAAUAAUACACGUUAUAGCAUAUGCUACCACAAUUGGGAAG